AUGCAUCGCACUAUUGCUACCGCAAGCAGAGUCCUUUCUCAAUCCCGAGUCAUUUUCUCGGGCAUCCAACCCACAGGCGUCCCUCAUCUGGGAAAUUAUGUUGGUGCACUCCGGCAAUGGGUUCAGCUUCAACAACAGGAAGAACCUGAUACGAAGCUGAUAUACUCUAUUGUCGACCUCCAUGCCAUCACUACACCUCAACCCCCCGAGAAACUCAAACGAUGCAAGAGAGAAUCGCUUGCCGCACUAUUGGCCCUCGGCAUCGACCCGGACCGCUGCAUGCUCUUUUAUCAAUCCUCAGUUUCUGCUCAUUCGGAGCUCAUGUGGAUUCUCGCCUGUACCGCCUCUGUUGGCUACCUUUCUAGGAUGACUCAAUGGAAGCAAAAGCUUAACGUCGCCCCAACGACCCGGGUUGAAGAGCGGCUUGUCGGGUCCAAGCUGAAGCUAGGUCUUCUAUCUUACCCUAUACUCCAAGCCGCCGACAUCCUGGUCCACAGAGCCACGCACGUUCCCGUCGGGCAUGACCAGCAUCAACAUCUUGAAUUUGCCCGCGAAUGCGCCACCAACUUUAAUCACGCAUACGCGCCACAUCUCGUUCGCCCGGAAACCCUCACUCCUCCGGUGCAACGUAUUAUGUCUCUCACGGAUCCGAGGUCGAAGAUGUCCAAGUCGCAUAACAGUGAACGGUCGCGAAUACUCAUUACUGAUACGCCAGAGCAGAUUCGGAUUAAAGUCGCAUCAGCCCUAACAGACUCUGCUCCAAGUAUUUCCUACGAUGUCAGCACCAGGCCUGGUGUAUCUAACCUGCUUCAAAUCCUGUCUGUCUUCGACACACAGAAACGGAGUCCGCAGCAGCUCGCUGAAAAGUAUAGGGAAACUCACCCUCGCGAGUUCAAGGCCAUGGUCGCCAAGUCCAUCGUCCAGGGUCUCGAUGGUAUCCGAACCCGGUAUCACAAGCUGCUCAACUGCGAUAGCGCAUACCUCGAUGACAUCGAGGCAAGUGGAGCACAAAGGGCACGACAAAAUGCGGAGGAAACGAUGCAACUCGUCAGAUCAGCCGUUGGUCUGUAA